UAGAGAGAGGAGCGCUCUGUCAAGUGCAGAUCCGGACUCACUUGCAUGACUUACUGCGGUUUCGCCUUUGUGCAUGUCACGCCAAAUCCUUAAACUUGAUUCGUUAAGUUUACUGGAUCGACGGUUCAGAGAUCUUGCGUUAAUUUAUCUGUGUAGCGGGUUUUAACGACACUCCGCAAACUGAAUCGUCCCGCCAAACAUUGGGAGCUCAAGCUUGCAAAGGAGAUGGAAUACGAGAACAAGCUUGUACUCGCUCCCAUGGUUCGAGUGGGCACUUUACCGUUUAGGUUGUUAGCUGCUCAAUACGGUGCAGAUAUUACUUACGGGGAGGAAAUUAUUGAUCACAAGUUUGUCAAGUGCGAACGCCGGAUAAAUGAGUCAAUUGGUUCUAUUGAUUUUGUGGAGAAGGGAACAGAAAAUGUUGUAUUCAGAACUUGUAAUGAGGAAAGAAAUCGGGUGGUAUUUCAAAUAGGCACUUCUGAUGCUGUGAGGGCUCUCACUGCUGCUCAGAUAGUGUGCAAAGAUGUAGCGGCAAUAGAUGUCAACAUGGGUUGCCCCAAGUCAUUCUCAAUUAGUGGAGGGAUGGGUGCUGCAUUAUUGGCUAAACCAGAGCUUAUUCAUGAUAUACUGACAACAUUAAAGAGGAACUUGGACACACCGAUAACAUGUAAGAUUCGACUUCUAAAAUCAUCUCAGGAUACGGUAGAACUAGCACGGCGUAUUGAGAGAACUGGUGUUUCUGCCCUUGCUGUUCAUGGAAGAAAAGUUGCAGAUAGGCCAAGGGAUCCUGCUAAGUGGAGUGAGAUUGCUGAUAUUGUAGCAGCAUUAUCUAUACCGGUUAUAGCAAAUGGUGAUGUCUUCAAUUACAAAGAUUUUCAGCAUAUUAGAGAUGCAACAGGUGCCACAUCUGUGAUGGUAGCUAGAGGAGCCCUGUGGAAUGCUUCUAUUUUCUCUCCAAGUGGGAAAUUAUACUGGGAGGAUGUAAAAAGGGAAUAUCUAAGAAAGAGCAUCUUGUGGGACAAUGAUGUCAAAAGCACAAAACAAACUCUGAAGGAAAUGAUAAUGCACCAUUCCUGCCUUGAACUCCCAGAGGGAAAGGCUAUCAAUAAGUCAGAGACCUUAGCAGAUUUGGCGGCAUAUUAUGGGGAAGAAAAAUACUUUCGGUUUGUUAAUGAAAACAGGUUACAAGUGAAAGGAAUUGAAUAAAUUUAUCAUACGCUUCCAUUGAGGAUCAUUACCCCCAUUCCAAGUUCAAAGCUUUUUGAGGUACCUGACACAGUUUUGACAGUUAACCUUGUUCUUCAUGUUUUAUCAUGUCUCCUGGAAAUCCUAAAACUCAGGGAAUAGGAUAAACUAAUACAAGGAUGGUGAUUCCAUAAAAUAUUGGUCAGAUAGCAUUCAUUAUUUUAUUCUAUUUCAUUAUCCCAUCCCCUUAAUGGAUGUAUGCUGAUGAAGCUGCAAGUAUAAUGUAACUAUCGACUUUUGUUCCAUAUUGUAAGUUUGUAACUAUUAUUGAAUAAUUUUGGUAGAGAUUAUCAUCAUCACUUGGUUUUUCAA